AUGCCCAAUCUCGUGGGUAGUCACUGCAACAAUCAAGUACUUGUUUGUUUUUUGUUGUUAGCUAUUGGCUCUAACCAUCCCAAACUCGCGUUCACUGAAAGUGGAUCAGUGAUCAUGUCGACCGACACCCUCGAGUCCGUUGACCAGGAGGUCAACCCCGGCCUGUGGCCUGAUGAAGGUGUAGUGGCGAUCGCCUUAGAGGCCGAUCGCUCCAUACGUGAGAGCUUCCGUCUUCAUGACCGGUGCACGAACUGGCCAGACGAGAAGACAGUGGGCAUCCAAUCAGUGAAAGCAAUGAGAUUGAAUGCACGUGCGCUGGAGAUCCUUGCUGAGCAUUGGUGCCAAAAAACACCGUAUGCCAAGACAAUUCCCAUUGACUUCAUGAGACGGGAGGUUACCAUGCUUCGAAAAAUCCUUGGAAGGCCCGAAGACGCUUGCAUGAUGCAUUUAGACGCGUCUGGACUCAAGAAGCUGUUUUCGCAUGGUGUGCGGCGCUUCUCGAGCAGGGCUGCUACACGAGAACCUGCUUUGGAGCGCUUCUUUCAGAUCUUGGAGAUUUUUUGGACGGAUGGUGCCGCCGCUGAUGGUGCCCCCACUGAUGGUCCAACUGAAGCUGAUGGAUCCACAGCUGCAGGUGGUGCGCCCCCCUCUUCGCCCGCUGGUGCCCGAACUGAUGGUUCCACGCCAGCUGCUGAUGAAUCCACGGUUGCACCUACAGUGGCGGCUGAUCGCCAGGAGGGUGAGGAUGAUGGUUCCAAUCCUUUAGAGCCCACAGAUGCUGAAGUUUUGGAUCCAUACAUGAUUCCCUCACAAGUGGCAGGGGAACCCAAAGAAUCUUCAGUGGAAGUUUCCAGUUCUUUGGAAGAUCUGGGUUCAGAAAGGGCCGGAGAUCUGGUUGAGCCAACCCCCCCCCCAUCCCAAUCACUGAUGUUUGAGCACACAGUUGAAGAUGAAAUUGGUGGCAAACAUGUGGAACGGGUGCCAUAUAUAUCACCCAAAGAUUUUUUUCAGCACUUGGUUCAGAAGACUCCGGACUUGGUGCUUGGGGGUUCACCUGAUUUUGAGAUUGGCCGGUCCUUCCUGAAAUCGUUCUGGGAGAAAUAUCGAUUGUUCCAUCCUUCGCACAGAAUUUAUCAUUACUAUCCCAAUCCAGAUGACUGGGCUUGGAUUGUGCCAAUGUGCUUGCACGGUGAUGAGGGGCGAGGCCUCAAAAAAGGGAACACCUGUGUGAUAACUCUGGAGCCCAACAUUGGCUUGAACACCUAUGCUCAUGCAGCUGGAAGAAAACGACCAGGCAAUGGAUGCGGGUGCACUCUUGAGGAACCAUGUGCAAAGAGGUUUCGCUUACAGCCGGGAGACCACUACAAUAGAGAGCUUUGCAAUUGUGAUUUUUUGGAAUCGAACCUCAAACAGCACAGCUUUCUGACCAAGUUUCUCUUGUGCUGUUUGCCACACAUGUGCUGUUUGCCACACAAGGUUUACAAACUUGAAGAGUUGUUGGAUGGAUUGAUCGAGAAAAUAGCUGAGGAUUUGAGUGACCUGUUCUUCCAGGGAGUCAACUCACAGCAUGGUGUCUAUCGAGUCGCAGUGACUGGAUGGAAAGGAGACCUGAAAUGGUUUCAACGCAUCUCCUACUUGGAGAGGUGCUUCAACCGGGUCACCGCCAUUAAUGUAGAGAUGUGCCACGAAUGUCGGGCUGGAACUCAACAACGCCCGUUCGAAGACAUCAUCUCCGCCAUCCCCGCCUGGUGCGGCACCGAGUUCACAGAGAGGCCAUGGUCACCCACCUUUUCUCUCAAUACCCUUCGACCCAGCAUGCCCAGAGAAGAUCCUAAGAAGGGACAUGUUUCAUAA